AUGUCCGACACCGAGUCCGUCGCCAGUGCCGGCACCGCCACCUCGGGGUACCACCUGAUGCACCACCUGAUGCCCGUCACCCUGAUCCAGAUGACGAAGACGGGAGAAUACGUCAUCAUUGGCAACCGCAAGUUCCGCACCCUGGAGUUGCAACAGGCUUUCGGGGGUACGUUGAACCCCGGUUUAGCUCCCUAUAAAAACUAUGAAGUCAAUCCGGCUCCCCUAGGGUUGGCGGCGUUCGCUUUCCUGACGUUUUGCUUGUCGUUAUAUAACGCGCAGGCGAUGGGGAUCAAAGUGCCCAAUGUGGUAGUCGGCGCCGCCUGCUUCUACGGGGGGGCAGCGCAAUUCCUCGCCGGCUGUUGGGAAUUCUAUACCGGUAACACUUUUGGUUUGACUGCUCUUUGUUCCUACGGCGCCUUCUGGCUUUCCUACGCCGCCAUCUUAGUGCCCGCGUUCGGCAUUUCUGGCCCUAAAAGUGGCUACGCCGAUGCCCCCGACCAAUUGCUGAAUGCCAUUGGCUUUUAUUUAAUCGGCUGGGCGUUGGUCACUUAUAUGCUAGCGCUGGUGACGAUCAGAUCGACGCUUGCCUUCUUCCUCCUCUUUUUGUUUUUGGCGAUCACGUUCACCUUACUCGGAGCCGGCGAGCUUACCGGUAAAGUUGGCGUCACCCGCGCCGGCGGCGUCAUGGGGGUAAUCACGGCCAUCGUCGGUUGGUACAACGCCUGGGCGGGGGUGGUGACGAAAACCAACUCUUAUAUCACUCAGCACCCGAUCCCCAUGCCCGAUUUAACUCCCAUCGUGCCGUGGCGACGCAACAAAAAGGAUUAA